GCUGGGCUGCUGGUGGGCCGGAGAUGUAGGGCCUACUUCCUGAGCCAGGGUCGGCCGGGGCUUGGUGGCCGCGGCCUUUGCCGCCGCGUGUGGACGAGCUGUCCGCCCUGUGCCUGCGGGAGAGACGUGGAGCGAGCUCAGCAGGGGCCUGCUUUUUGCCGCAUUUUGCCAGAGUUACCGAGGCUGAUGCCUUAGACGGGAAUUAUCUGAUUGCACAUACUGAUGGCUGUAAAGAAGUCAUCACUCUCACUGGAUUCCAGUGAGAGUGACUCUGAGGAGCUGCCAACAUUUGCCUUUCUGAGGAAGAAACUGUCUUCAAUAAAUAGGAGGCAGCCUCAGGAGGAUGAGAAGAUUGUAGUGGUUGACAUCUCAGAUUCUGAGGCUUCCUGUCCAUCACCAAAAUUGAAAGAACCACCACCCAUUCCAGAGGCAGCUGAAACUGUCAUACAAACAGAGCCAGUCAGGGUGCUAAGCAGUGGAAGUGAGAAUGAGGAGGAAUUUAUGCCCCUGGCUGAGAGGCUUAUUUGUAAGUUUUUGACUCACAAACAGCUGAGCCCUGAAAAAUCCAGCUCCCCAUUUGAAAGGGUUUUGGAUCAAAAUAAUGAAGGAGCAUCACAUGACUGGCAAAAACAGCUGUUUACAAAGAUCCGUGAUAUUCCCCUCUGUGGUACCUCAGAGAGGCAUGCAUCAAAUAACAAGGACCCUGUGGUUGACAAUCCAUGCCAUCAGCUGCCAGCCUACCAAACUACCUGCUCUGUCCAGAGCAACAGCUUGACAAUAACCAAGACAAAUGCUGAGGUGCCCCUGCCUCAGAAGAGACGCAAGUAUAGUCAGAAGUUCCAGAAGAGAAGCACACAGGGAUGCCAGCAGUGGGGACGAGCAAGCCAGAAGGAAAGCACCCAGAGGCAACAGGAAAGGAAGAAGAAGGUAGCCCUGGCUAACAGGCUAAAAGCUCAGAGGCCAGAGGAGUGCUUAAAGCACAUCGUUGUGCUGCUGGAUCCAGUGCUUUUGCAGAUGGAAGGUGGGGGUCAGCUCCUUGGAGCCCUGCAGUCCAUGGGUUGCUGCUGUGUGAUUGAGGCGCAGGCUGUGCCUUGCAGCCUCACGUGGAGGAGAAGGGCUGGGCCCUCUGAGGAUGGCAAGGAGGGCUGGGUGGAAGAGCCCAUGGUUCUGGUGCUGCUUCUGGCAGAGGUGUUUAUGUCUAUGAUCUACCACUUCAAGCAGGGACGUCUGGGCAGCACUGAGGAAGGGAAGGAAACACUUCGGAGCUUUGUGACUGACAUCACAGCAAGGACAGCUGGGAAAGAUCUGUCACUCGUGAUUGUGGAUCCAGAGAAGUGCUUCAGUGCUCCGAAUCCUCUAAGAAGGAAACAGAGAGUGGCAAAUAGAGGACAGGCCAAGGAGAAGAAGAAGCAACAGAAACAACCAGAGGCCAACACAGUGGCCAUGGUGACCAGGGUAGAUAUGGAAGAGGCACUGGUAGAUCUGCAGCUGCACACAGAAGCCCAGGCUCGAAUUGUGCAGAGCUGGAAAGAGCUGGCUGACUUGGCAUGCGCGUUCACGAAGGCCGUGGCCGAAGCACCCUUCAAGAAGCUCCGAGAUCAAACUAGUUUCUCCUUCUGCCUGGAGAAUGACUGGGCUGGAGGGGCCAAGGUGGACCGCUCUGGCAGGGGGCUUGCACUGGUCUGGAGGAGACAGAUUCAGCAGCUGAACCGGGUCAGCCUGGAGAUGGCCAGUGCCAUUGUGGAUGCCUAUCCCUCCCCACAGCUCCUGAUCCAGGCUUAUAAGCAGUGUUUUUCUGAGGAAGAACGCCAGAACUUGCUCGCAGACUUACAGGUGCGCCGUGGGGAAGGCGUGACAGCCACCUCGCGCCGUGUUGGACCAGAGCUGUCCAGGCGUAUCUACCUUCAGAUGACAGCUUUGCAGCCAGAUCUCUGCUUAGACAGUGCAGACUGAAGCCAGCCCUCAGGAUGAGGAUGAAAAGCUGGUUUCCACCACUGCUCCUACCUCGAAGCAUGACUACAGUGUAGGAAUCAGGAGCACCUCCUGCAGCACAAGCCUGGGUCCUGCCCACAGCAGGCUUUCCUUGGUGUUGCUAUUUGUGAUAGUGUCUCUACCUGCCCACCUGGGGUGGAGGCCAAGAUGCUAACAUUUGCCUUCCUCUCUUAGCAAGUCGACUACCAUGUAUGCACCACCCCUGCCCUUGCCCCCGCCAGCCCUCAAAAAUACAAAGGAACAAAGACAGACCGCUCAGACAUGUAUUUAAUAAUUGUAGAAAUCCAAAAGUACCCCAGCAUCAAAUCUCCAGGUCACAAGUGAACUGCUCUCAGCUGGUGACCUGAUGAGGCUGGAUGUGCUCUUGCCUUCCUCCCACCCACUGAAGCUCCCUCAACCAGCCAAGGAACGGGGAUCCAGUCUCUGUGCUGACUUCUGUAUUCUCUUAAUCUCAUUUUAUGUCCUGGUUUUAAUUUCAAUAAAGCAUUUGUACCAUUGGUUCUGGAGCUUAGAGGAAAAAUAAAGGAAUGUGUAGUGAUUCUGAAUAAGGUGUGGGCCUACGCAGCAGUUCUCCCUGAGGGAGAAAAGAAUAAGUCUUUUCUUUCAUUAUCCAUGGGCCACUAGUGCUGACAAGCUGGACCCCACUGUCUCUGAACAUGACAGGUUCUCAAUCUCCCUGGGGAAAGGCAAGGGGCUUUCAAUCACGAGUAUUCUGUGAAUGAGCACCAUGACGGCCAUUUCUGAUACAGUGAAAAGAGGUAAAGGAGGCCACAGAGCAAGAAAAUGCUGACCCUGGCAGAUAAAGGGAGUGGACAGUGCUGUCCUUAUUCAUGCUAGUUGUUACCACUUUUAAGCUCCAUGAUGUCUAGGAUCGAUUCUAAACAUCAAGUCUCUUAUGAAGCUUAGUUUUCAGGUUGUCUAUGUGGUAUUCAGUCACACCAAUUAUGUAACAGAGCUGUCAUAGACAAUGUGGCUUUGCAAGGAUCCAGCUUCUUGUUUAUUGGCAAUCAAGGGAUUAAUGCUCUUAAACUGACGCCAGGAGCCUGGACUGUGCCCAUUUUAUAGAAGCCACAUAAGCUGUGGCAGGACUCUGCAGGAGCUGCCCAAGACCCUCGUGGCUAUGAGAUUUCUAUUUAUGGGUCAUAAAUCUGUUUCCCAUGAGAGAUUCUCUACUCCAGCCAAGAGACACCCAAUUCUGGUCUAAGUUUUGUUUACUCAGGACAUUAUAAAGAAGGUAAAAUGAUGGGAAAAAAAGAUACCAGUUGGGAUCCAAAGAUACCAGGUAGGAAUCCAGUUCUGCCCCAAACUAGCUGGAAGACCAUAGGCAAGUCAUGGAAAGCCUCAGUCUCCCUGUCUACAUUGGACUGGAUGAUCUGGAAGUCCUGUCACAGCCCAAGAUUUUGUAUGGCUGUUAAAAUAUCUGAAUGUCUGAGAUCCUUAAAAAAUAGGUAUGCCCC